AAUACGCACAGCAGCAGCAAAGCUCCGUUUCGACCCCACCCUUUCGUCCUCUUCCCUAGUGUUGCCCCAAUCACCAUACAAUCACCACUGCCAACUCUGCAGUGUAUCCUUUUUACCUCAGAAUAUACAAACAAACUCUCAAACAGAAGUCACCAUUAUUUUGCAUAAUCCCAAAAAAAUACUACAAACUCUUCUCUCCAAUUAUUAUUUUUUAAUCUUUUCCAGCAUUCACUUCUGCUUAAAGAUUAAAAUAAGAGUUAGCUAGCAGCAUAUCCUACAUGGAUCUCUUCUUUAUUUCUUCUUCAUUCCAUGUUCCAAGUCUCUGCGUUUUCUUUAUCCUUUUCUUUGGAGGUGCAUUGGGGGCUACAUUUACAUUUAUGAACAAAUGUGAGUACACAGUAUGGCCAGGGAUACUAGCAAAUGCCGGCAGUCCUAGUCUCGACAGCACUGGAUUCGAGCUCCCUCAGGACUCUUCCCGGACCUUCAAUGUUCCUACGGGGUGGUCGGGCCGGAUGUGGGGAAGAUCUGGGUGCACAUUCGACGGAUCCGGAUCAGGUUCUUGCACUACUGCGGAUUGUGGGUCGGGUCAAGUGGAAUGCAAUGGCGCCGGUGCAUCCCCUCCAGCCACUCUAGCAGAGUUCACCCUCGGCACCGGGGGACAGGACUUCUACGACGUCAGCUUAGUUGAUGGGUACAAUUUGCCCAUGAUAGUUGAGGCUUCAGGCGGGUCGGGUUUGUGUGCUUCAACGGGAUGCGUCACGGAUCUGAACCGGGUUUGUCCAAGUGAACUGCGAGUAGGUGGAGGGGAAGCUUGUAAGAGUGCGUGUGAAGCUUUUGGGACUCCAGAGUAUUGCUGCAGCGGCGCGUUUAACUCACCAGCCGCCUGCAAGCCGUCUGUUUAUGCUCAGAUGUUCAAAUCUGCUUGUCCAAGAUCCUAUAGCUACGCUUAUGAUGAUCCUACCAGCACUUUCACUUGCUCUGGUGCUGAUUAUACUGUAACCUUUUGCCCCUCCACGCCUAGUCAAAAAUCUUCAAAAGAUCCAACACCAACACCGACACCAACAAUGACAGCACCAGUAACAACUGCCGAUGGAUCUAUAUCUGGGACAGGUACAAGUGGCUCGGAUGGAUCCGAAACAGGAUCCGGAUUGGGGGUGACGGGGGCGGAUCCCGGUUCAGAAUCUAGCUUGGGAUCUCAAGCUAUGCUUACAGAUGGAUCGUGGUUAGCUGGUUUGGCAAUGGGAGACUCAACUAGAAUUUACUCUUCAUACUCUGCCUCAAUUGCCUUAGCUUUUUUCACCCUCUCCAUUCUUUCUUUGUAGUCUCUCCACACGAGGCUGUCUUGAAGGGAAUGAGGUUUUUUUUUGGCUUUUUUCGUAGAAAAUUAGAAUGAUUUGUAACAUGAAGGUCACCUUGUCACUAUUUUCUAUAUGUUCUACUUUUCUUCAAGUUCUUGAAUUUUGUAUAUAAUGUUCUUCUGGUAAUGUUAUCAAUUUCUUAAUUACUGCA